AAGCGGUUUCCGCCACAGCGAAGUGGUGGCAUUUCUCAACGAAGAGGUGCUCAGUAAUGGUGGUAGCCCAGACUUCUACCUGACCUUCCGUUCACGGCCCUGGAACGAGGUGGAAGACAAACUGCAGUCCGUCGUGGCCGACCCUCAGGUGCCGCGCGCCAUUAAGAGGGCGUGCGCCUGGAGUGCCCUGGCCCUUGGGGUGCGAGUGGCCGCGAGGCAGCGGGAGCAGCAGGCGCGACGGGUCAGGCGGCUGAGGGGGCAGGUGGAGGAGUGUGAAGGAGCCGCCUGGGCUCUGGCCUCCGAACUGCAGCGGCUGCGUGACGACGUGGUUUCUCAGUUGCAGAUGACCUGA